AUGGUUCAUUUAGGUCCAAAGAAACCACCUGCUAGAAAGGGCUCCAUGGCUGACGUCCCAAAGGAAUUCCUUGAAAAAAUCGCUGAAUUGGAAAAGGAAUUCAGCGUCUCCACCGAACAAUUGAAGGCUAUUACCAAACAUUUCAUCUCUGAAUUGGACAAAGGUUUAUCCAAGCAAGGUGGUAAUAUUCCAAUGAUUCCAACUUGGGUCGUUGACUACCCAACUGGUAAGGAAUCUGGUGAUUACUUGGCUAUUGACUUGGGUGGAACCAACUUGAGAGUUGUCUUAGUCAAAUUGGGUGGUGACCGUACUUUUGACACUACUCAAUCCAAAUAUAAGCUUCCAUCUGCUUUGAGAACUACUAAGAACCCAGAUGAACUUUUCGGUUUCAUUGCUGACUCUUUGAAGUCCUUCGUUGAUGAACAAUUUCCAGAAGGUGUCUCCGCAGCUUUACCAUUAGGUUUCACUUUCUCUUUCCCAGCUUCUCAAACUAAGAUUAACCAAGGUAUCUUGCAAAGAUGGACCAAGGGUUUCGAUAUUCCAAAUGUCGAAGGUCAUGAUGUUGUCGAGUUAUUGCAAAAGCAAUUGAAGACUAGAAACAUCCCAAUUGAAGUUGUCGCUUUAGUUAACGAUACUACUGGUACUUUAGUCGCUUCUUUGUACACUGAUGGUGAAACUAAAAUGGGUGUCAUUUUUGGUACUGGUGUCAAUGGUGCUUACUACGAACAAGUCUCUGACAUUUCAAAGUUGGAAGGUAAAUUGGCUGAUGAUAUUCCAUCAUCUUUCCCAAUGGCCAUUAACUGUGAAUACGGUUCCUUCGAUAACGAAAACGCUGUCUUACCAAGAACUAAGUACGAUCUUCAAAUUGAUGCUGAAUCUCCAAGACCAAACCAACAAGCUUACGAAAAGAUGUCUUCUGGUUACUACUUGGGUGAAGUUAUUCGUCUUGUCCUUGUUGAUUACCACAAACAAGGUUUGAUCUUCAAAGACCAAGAUGUUACCAAAUUGAACACUCCAUACAUUAUGGAUACUUCUUUCCCAGCUAGAGUUGAAGAAGAUCCAUUUGAAAACUUGGAAAACACCGAUGAAUUGUUACAAAAGGAAUUGGGUAUCAAUGCCACUGUUCAAGAACGUAAAUUGAUUAGACGUUUAUGUGAAUUGGUCGGUUUAAGAGCUGCUAGAUUGGGUGUCUGUGCUAUCUCUGCCAUCUGUCAAAAGAGAGGUUAUGAAGCUGGUCACAUUGCUGCUGACGGUUCCGUCUUCAAGCUUUACCCAGGUUUCCAAGAAAAUGCUGCUGAAGCUUUGAGAGACAUUUACGGAUGGACUCCAGCUAAGAAGGAAGAUUACCCAAUUACUAUCAUUGCUGCUGAAGAUGGUUCAGGUGUCGGUGCUGCUGUUAUCGCCGCUUUGACUCAAAAGAGAUUAGCCGCUGGUAAAUCUGUUGGUGUCAUUGGUGCUUAA